CUUUAUGUGUCGUUUGGGCUCAUACCCAGACUAUAUUUGGCCAACGUUUGGAUUUUAAUUCAUUCGACUAUGUUGGAUUUUAUGGAGUAAUCAUGUUCUUCGUGCUUUCCUCUUUUUUACUUACUUUUCGAAUGCUAUUGGAUUGGGAACAGUAUCACGAAAAGAAAGAGAAACACAAAAAUCAUUUAGAAAGUGAUGUGGAAUUCGAAGCAAACUUUUCAAACGUUCCACUUUUAUCAUCGAUGAAUGAUCAUUUAGAAAAGAGUGUGGACCUCGACACAAACUUAUCAAAUGUUCCACCCUUAUCAUCGACAAUUUAUGAUAACAUUACUGAAAUACCUUCAUUAGAAGAAAAACCUUAUUAUUUCUGUAUACCAAUAAUUGUCAUUGGAUAUGUAGAGUUUGCCCGGUUUGGUGCUUUCCUUACAAACCAUUACUUUAAAAAACCUGCAAUUGGUGCUUGGAUAUGUCGAAUACUUGCUAAUGUUAUUAUAGUAACUGUACGAACAGAAUUAUUAAUAUCAAGUGAUGAAAGAGACUUGGAUUUUAUGGAUACAGAUGGCUCUCAUCAUAUCUUUGUAGCUGGAUCAAUAUGUGCAAUUUGGUACAGAGAAAUAAUUCGUCUUGGAUUGUUGCCAUUGAGCUUAGAAGAAGAAGAGAAUAUUCUGGCCGAUAAAUCAAACAAUUGUAAUACACCUGUACUUAUAAGAUCGAGUUUUGUCCAAUUAAUUAUUGGUAAAUUACCAAGUCGACAUCAGUUUGCAAGAUGUUUUUUUGACUUUGGAUGUUAUAUCUUAGUUUUAUUGAAGAUUUGUACAUUGCCUCAUCAUGCUGAAGUAGUUUUUGGCGAACCUCGCGCUUAUGACAUUAUUAUAGAAAGAAAACAACUUGGUGGUUCGCUUGAUGCAAUAAUAAUUCUUUGUGCCCUCCUCUCUCGCAGUGGCUCUUUUGUAAAGGCACUUUCUUGUGAUUUUUUACGUUUUUGUGGAAAAAUUUCAUUUAGCAUGUAUUUAUUACAUCCGAUUGCAAUGACAUGGGUGAACGAUUAUAUGCCUUUUAUUGGAAUUAAAGCGGCAGAAAAAGAAUCAAGUGAAACUGAGAAGGGUAAUUUUAUAUUGGAUGCGGUGAUGAUGUCAUUUGUGGGAACAAUUGCUUUAGCAUGGAUCUAUUUUAAAUGUGUUGAAAGACCUUCUAUAAAUCUAGCUAACUAUAUUGCGAAGAGAUGGUUAAGUUAG